AUGGCUUUGACUUCAACUCUCAGCUCCCUCCUCCUCCAAAAACAGCUCAAGGAGCUUUACCAGAACGCCGUAGAAGGCUUCUCCGCUGGCAUUGUCGAUGAGUAUAACAUCUUCGAGUGGAAGGUGACCAUCAUUGGUCCCGCCUACACCAUCUACGAAGGUGACGUGUUUGACGUCGUGAUGACGUUUCCAUCUAACUACCCCAACAGCCCGCCGGAGGUUCGCUUCAUGUCGGAGAUGUGGCAUCCCAAUGUGUACACUGACGGGCGCAUGUGCAUCUCCAUCCUGCAUGCCCCCGGCGACGACCCGCAUGGUUACGAGAAGGCCAGUGAGCGGUGGUUGCCCGUGCACACCGUCACAACCAACGCUACGAUCGAGUGGAGGGAGAGGAGACAUGCAUUCAGGAAGAAGGUUGCUCGCAUAGUAAGGAGGUCUCUGCAAAUGCUGUGA